UUUCCUCCCACAAUGCAACGCGGGUCUCUUUAUCUCCAACGAAGGUCGUGUUGAAGUCGGCGGCGCAUUUUCAGUCCUGCGGCGCCAUGUUGGGAGCUAGCGUUCGCCGGUUCACCACUUCGGCCAUUCGCCGAGUGCAUUACGAGGAAGGGCCGGGAAAGAAUAUCCCUUUCUCGGUGGAAAAUAAAUGGAGGUUACUGGCUAUGAUGGCAGCCUUCUUUGGAAGUGGGUUUGCUGCUCCCUUUUUUAUUGUAAGGCACCAGCUACUCAAGAAAUGAACAUGUUCUAACAGAUCGGAGGUGGAUGUUAUCCCAGAAUACAAUUCCCUUUUCUGUGGAAAAAUAAAACUAAUCACACUGGAUGUGUUUGUAAAUAAAAAGUGGAAUCUCAAUAUAAA